AUGAGCAACCAGUCGCUUCUGCAGUAUCUCUCUGUUGCUCUCCCGGCAAUUCCUAUUCAAGGUGCUGCCCCAUCGCGGAAUACAACGAACCCCCGCUAUGGUGCGGGAGACAUCACCCAGGUUGUCACGGUGCGAACCGUGAUGCUUAGUUAG